CUGUGCAUGGUGCAAGGGGUCCCCAGGAGCCCAUGGGGACAGGGAGAUGGGUGGCUUGGGCCCCAAGGGGGAGCCCCAUCUCUCGGCUGAGGAUCCCCCCCCCUCCCCAGGCCGCAAUGAGCCCCUGAAGAAGGAGCGUCCCAAGUGGAAGAGCGACUACCCCAUGACAGACGGGCAGCUGCGCAGCAAGCGGGAUGAGUUUUGGGACACGGCACCCGCCUUCGAGGGCCGCAAGGAGAUCUGGGAUGCCCUGAAGGCAGCUGCCUACGCUGUGGAGGCCAAUGACCACAGCCUGGCCCAGGCCAUCCUUGAUGGAGCCAGCAUUACCCUGCCCCACGGGUCCCUGACAGAGUGCUAUGAUGAGCUGGGCAACCGGUACCAGCUGCCCGUCUACUGCCUGGCACCUCCCGUCAACCUGAUCCUGGAGCGGAGCGAGGAGGAGGCAGCGGGGCCGGCGGAGACCCUGCCCAAC